AACUAAAUAUUAUUCAAAUGUAUUAUACAUCAAAAGAUAGAGCGUCAAAAACUGCAUAAGAUCCUGUAUUUGAAAUUUGAUUAUGAUCGAAUUUUGAGGGACGUUUCUUCAAAAGAAAGUUUUGGAAAACACGGCUUAUUCCGAUUUUUGAGGUUUUAAUGACGUUUUAAAAAGUCACCCGUCCCGAAAGGGUUAAAAAUACGUUUUUGAUUCGGAGAUAUGUCACCUUAUUGUUUCUGAGUGUUAGUUUUCUAGCAAAACCUGAACAAUCUGUGUGGCAAGCGUAAAACAAUCCUCAGUUUUUUGAAAGUGAUGUACAAUAGUUGUCCGAUGAUGCCUGUAAGGAGACACUCAUCCUUCGAAAAUGGAUUUUUUGACGGAAAAUCGAGUUUCAAUUUUUCAUGCGGAUAGAUAACCUGAAGUGUUCUCUUUUACAAGUAGUAUAGGUCUUCAUGAAAAAUUUAGGUUUUGAGAUAUUUUCACAGAUUUUUUGAAAAUUUUCAUCUGAGAAAGUUAUGUGGACGUCAACAACAACAACAAGUUAUGACUUCGACACUGACAACUCGUGGACAACUCAAUAUUUUGAGUUUCAAUUUUUAGCGUAAUCUUUUCAUACUGCGAUGUCUCAUCCAUCAAAAUUUCCAUUCAAAUCGGUUUUAGUGUGGAAAAUUUUUUCUGAAUGAGAUUCUUUCUCUAAGGAAAAUUAUCGAAUUUUGUUUUUUCAAUCUAGCUCUUAAUCACUAAUUGUGAUUAUGGUCGUGGUUACACUGCAUGAUAAUCGUAAUUAAGAACGUAACAUAAUCGCAAUGUGUAAUAAGUUUAAUAUGGCAGAAUUUUUCUUUGUUUAGACUUAUAUUGCUGUGGCACCUCUAUGUUUAUAUGUAAGCGGCUUGUUUACAUCGUUUGCGAUGCGUUACGUAAAUAAACGUAUUGGUCGAAAACCGACAUUGUUAUUCGGUUUGUUAGUAUCAUUUUUAACAUCUUUUCUUUUCUGGUUCCUAUUUCAAUUCCAACAAUGGGGUAUACCUGUACCAUUUACCAUUUUGCUUGCGGCCAUAUUACUUGGUAUAGCAACAACUACAACAGUGGUCACAUCUGGAGCAUUAGCAUCAGAUCUUAUUGCACAUAAUACGGAAAGUGGUGCCUUUGUCUAUGGUGCAAUGAGUUUUGCUGAUAAAAUUGCAAAUGGUUUAACGAUAGCAACAAUACAACAAUACAAUCCAUGCACUACGUGUACAUCGUGUUGUCCCUUAUAUUAUCGUCAAAUAAUGACAUUUGUGCCCGGAGGAAUAGCUCUGUUAUGUAUGGUAGUAUUAGUAUCUAUAUGGACAUCUAAAAUUGGAAAUAGACAAACAGACGCAACUGUAUUACGUUCUCCACUCUCCGAACAUACUCCGUUACUUUCUGAUUCGGUCAAUGCCUGA